AUGAUGAAACGUAAGGCUGAGAAACAGCAGAGCGCUGGCCCAGUCAGUGCCAUCGCGGCUCGCAAAGCUCGGCAGCAACAAGCGCAAAAUGUGACCGCAUCGAAAGUCGAAGUGGUGGUUGAAGCGGCUGCAGAACCACCUUCGAAACGACCGCGACGAUCUCUCGAGGGGGAUCAAUUGACUGGGACGAAUGGCACAGAGUCCAAGGGUCGCCAGACAAGGUCAUCCAAGAACCAAGAAGUGCCAAUCGCUUUAGACACAACCACAGGGCGGCCAAAGAGAGCAACCCAGGCCAACCCCUCAGAAACGCCUAGCCAGGUAUCGGAAGCUGAGGAAGAAUCUGAGAAUGAGGAUUCGGACGAAAACAUCGUCGAAGGCCCGGAAGAAAUGAAUGAGGACGAGGUCGCGUCUGUCGCUGGUGACGCCGACGGCUACGAAUCACCCACAGAAACACCAAUUGAAAUGCAGAAUUUCCCCUUGUCUAAGGCUAGACUGAACAGAAACAGCAUAGUCUAUGCGGAUGAGAGCGUUCUAUGCAUUCGCAUCAAAGAAAAGACAAACUUGGCUCUUAUGGGUCAGUAUGACCUUUGGGUCAAACAAGGAGUUGUCAGCCUUAUGGGUGCGAAGUUGCCUCCUUCUCCGCGGGUGUAUAGGGUCUAUGCCCCCUCGACGCAUUCCUUGCCUAUUAUCAAGUGUGUCUCUGGUGUAGACGGCGAGGCAGAGGUGCAGAUCAAAUCCUGCAAUAGUGGCCUCUCUCGUCUUCGGGACGUAUCUCCGUUAUAUCAGAAGAUCUGGAAUGGACAGAACACCGCUGCGGAUAAAGCUACUUUGAAAGGUGCUUCGAAGAAUUCGCGGCGGUCUUUUUCAGUGCUUUAUUCAUCGGGAGAGGAUCCCUUGAAGCGGCAUCUGCGGCCUCUUCAUCUUGAUAAGAAAUGGAGCGCAUCCAUGAAAGCACUGUCUCAGCGACAAGGGAGCCUGCGAGUCUUGGUUUGCGGUCCAAAAGCGUCUGGAAAGUCUACUUUCAGCAGAUACCUGCUGAACCAUGUUCUCAGCCCUGCCCCAGAAACAGAAAACGGAUUCACCAAUACCGAUGGUGUUGCUUUCCUUGACCUAGAUCCGGGGCAGCCAGAGUUUGCGCCUAUGGGACAGGUUUAUCUCGCACACCUCCGGGCUCCAUUCUUUGGCCCUCCAUUCACCCACCCGUCACUAGACUCUUGCGAUGGUAAAAUUUUGCGAGCUCAUCAUAUCGGAGCAACUUCCCCGAAAGAGGAUUCUGACCAUUAUGCUCUGGCUACAAUGGAUCUUCUGGAUCAGUACCACUCUUUGCUGGCACAGUAUCCACAAUGCCCUUUGAUUGUUAACUACCCGGGCUGGAUCUUCGGGCAGGGAUUAGAGGUGGCCACAUGGUUGGUCAAAUGCCUUGGCCUCUCUGACGUCGUUUAUAUGAGCGAAAAAGGUCCUCAGGAGGUUGUGGAGCCUCUAAGGUUUGCUGCAAACGAGGCUCGGGUCCCGAUGACAAUUUUGCCAUCCCAGCCAACCGACUUUGUGAGCCGUUCAAGCGCACAAUUACGCUCAAUGCAAAUCCAGUCCUAUUUCCACUCAUCUCAUUCUACGGAUAUCAGCAACCCGAUUUGGUCGGAAACACCUCUGUCACGCACAAGGCCAAUGGCUGUGGAUUACGCCGGUUCAAAGCAGGGUAUUCUGGGUAUCAUGGUCAUGGGCUCCCAGAUCAGCCCGGACAUGCUCCGUGAAGUUUUGGAAGGAGCUGUUGUCGGUUUGGUGGCGAUCGAAUCCUCAAAUGCGAUUACUGGCGCCUCAUCCUCUGGUUCAGUUAAAGCUCCUGUCGACAUUUCAGAGGAUGAGAGUGAGUCUACUGCUGACCAUAUGGACAUGGACUCAGAGAAACCUCAAGUCAAGAGCUUGGAGUCCUUGUCUGCUGCCGAUAGCAUUGUCCGAACACCCGAGGGUCUACCCUAUCUCUUCACUGGGUCUGGGAGCUGCACCCCAUUGAACCCCAAGGCCUCAAAUUGCCUUGGUCUUGCACUAAUCCGUUCGGUGGAUGUUCAUUCUCAGAAGAUUGAGCUCUCCACCCCUGUUCCGUCUUCACAUAUUCGUGAGGCUAUUGAGCAAGGGCACAGCCUCAUGUUGGUCCGCGGCCAGCUGGAUAGUCCUAAUUGGGCUGUGAGCGAAGAAUACUAUGCUGCUCGGGCUGCGGAACGACGCUAUCAGCAGGUUGUUGCCCGUGCUAAAAAGGGCGGAGAGUCUGCUGCUGAUCAAACUCAACACAAUCAAACGCUUGCGCUCCUUCGAGACAGGAUCCGUCGCGCGAGCAAUGUGCCCUGGAUGAAGGUUGUAGAAGACAAUAGCCGGCAUCAGCGUGAGGCUAAUGCGCGACGUGAGAAAUCCCUCUGGAAACUGAGGAAGAAGGCCUACCCAGGCAGUGACAGCGAGGCGGAUUGGUAA